AUGGCUCAUUCUACAGAUUCUGAUUCUGAUUUUGUAUCAACAGCUGUUCCAACUAAAAAAGUGCAAACAAAUGCAACUGUAAGAAAAACAGGGAAAGAAAUCUAUAUCGAUAUAGCUAAAAAAGUGCAAACAAAUGCAACUGUAAGAAAAACAGGGAAAGAAAUCUAUAUUGAUAUAGAUUCAGCGAGUCAAGAUAGGGUUAAAAAAGCUAAAAAUACAAAAAAGAAGAAAAUACUUGAAAAGAAAAAAAGACACUAUGUUUCAGAUUCUUCAUCUUUACAGUCAGAGACAUCAGAGUCAGAGACAUCCACAACAGAUAGUGAUGAAUAUGAUGAUGAAUCUGAUGAAGAAAUCUAUGUAAAAAAGAGAACCAGUGAUAGAAAAUAUGUUGAAGGAGUGACAAAGAUUAAAGAAGCAAAAAGGAAGAGGAAUAAUAGGGACAAUCGUGCAGCAGUAAAGAAACAAAAAACCGUGAAAGAGCAAAAGACUGUGAAAGAUAUAUUGAAGGAGUUGCCUUCAAUAAACACUAGAUCAACACCUGGAUUGAUGACAGAUGCUGUAAGUUCUUUGACAUCAGAACAAAAAGAUUGGGUGAAACGGAUGGGAUUUAAAGCCUUUUUGAAGAUCAACAUUAAGAGUAUUCCCUUAAAACUUUGCCAUUUUGUGCUUAAGCAUUACGAUGAAGGCACAAACAGUAUUCUGAUUAAAGGAAAAAGAAUAAAGAUCACAAAGGAAAAAAUUCAUAAAGUGUUUGGUUUACCCAAAACUGGAAAAAGCUUAUUUGAUUUGCACAAGGUUAGUGAAGAUCAUCAAGUGUUUGAUGGAUGGAUGAAGGAACUUGAAGGGUGGAAAGGCAAAUGCAACAAACUACAAGAAGAUUAUUCAAAAAUCCGAACAAGUGGAUUUGAAUUUCAAGCUGGGUUUCAUAGCUUUAUUUGUUAA